UGUUUGCGUAGGCGGCGUGAGAACAACUUCGUCAAUUUCCAAUGACCAGUAAUCGUUCUGUCAUUUCUUGCGAUUGUAGCUGAUUUUUUCGCAUCAUCGAAUGAUUUCGCGGUUUUUUUGACGAAUGCAAAGACAUCCUCUAGCUCUAAGUUUAGCAUUGUAUGUUAGCUACACGCAUGGAGGAGGAAGCCGUUACGAAGCGAUUGAAAGCAAUACAAGCUUUGAUGCUCUCAAAUUCGGCGCUGCGGUGCCUCCUGACAAUGAAGUGCCGACGAUCAGCUGGAGAACCGCAUCCAAAAUUAUUUGAAGAGGAGCCUGUGCCAGAAUUGUCAAGGCGAUAUGAGCAGCUGAUUGAAGCCGUAAAACUCCUGCAAGAAGAUCUGCUCUUGGAGCGCAAGAAAUCCGAGUUGAGAUGUUGUCGUCAGUUCUACUCUGACAUCGCAAGAUUGGUUCUCUUCAUUGCGGGCAGUCUGGUUGCCUUGGCAAUUUUUCAUCCCGCUGUCAUGUGUACUGUGAAACUAUGUUUUGUAUUCUCAAGCAAAUAAAUGUGGAUGGAUAGCGAGAUACCGUACGGACGCCGGAACACAAUCAUUUCGACACGCUAACUUUGUUGGCAUCCAUCUUGAAAUGCUAUCAAGUGCAAGCAAAUCAAUGACGUUUGGUUCAGCUGAAUAUGCCGACGUUUGAACAUGAUUUGAUAAAAUAUAAAGGAUACAUUGAUAGCAACUAACAUCACAUGUAGAAGUUUGUUUUACAGAGCUCAAUCUACUUCUGUGUAUAUUGAAAGGGGAAAGUCUUCCUUGGAUCAGAAACAACGGGGCAGAAAUUUUGUGGUGUUCUUGUUA